AUGCAAUCUUCUUCGCAAGAGCUCGAACAACUCAGAGCGUCGUCUCUGGAUCACCACCAAUCACUUCUUCCCAAAACCGAAGACUUAUCCUCAGCGCCAUCCCACGUGGCUUCGAAUUCACCCGUUGAUCACGAGACAACACCCUACAGACCGUCGUCACCAGGAUGGAGCCUGAUCUCGUGGAAGUUCGAAAUCCUUAGCUGGAUUGGCAGUCUCUGCUUCUUUAUCGCUAUUCUUGUCGUUCUGAAUGUACUCAAUGGCCGCCCGCUUCCCGAUUUACAGUAUGGCAUCACACCCAAUGCAAUCAUCGGCUUGUUGGCUACCUUUGGGCAGGCACUCCUGCUAAUGCCAGUGAGCUCUGCACUUGGGCAGAUGAAAUGGCUUCAAGCGCUUGAGAAGCGGCCGAUGGAUAAUUUUGAGACUCUUGAUAAGGCUAGUCGAGGGCCACUGGGAAACCUGUCGCAUCAUUUGGGGCUUUCAUCACAAUCGUUGCGCUGGGAAUCAGCACAUUUACUCAACAGUCUUUGGACGUAUACUACAAUUUAUCUGCACACUGAUGCGGCUUAUGUGCCGAUAGCACAGUUCAUGAAUGGAACUGGCUGGGCACCGAUUGGAGAUAUAGGUGUAAUUGAAGACGGAGUCGACACUGAAUUGCUGAACGCGCCCUAUCUUGCAUUUUUCAAUCCUCUACACACAAACUUUACAGCAGCUUCCAUAGCACGCUGUGGAAGUAAUAACUGUACCUGGGACUCGUAUCAGACGUUAGGUCUUCGCAGCACUUGCCACGAUUUAUCGUCCAGUCUCAACAUGACCAAAGUAUACAUGGCCCCUUACGAUGGCGACCCAUUUACCUACAACACGGACCACUACACUCUUCCAAACGGAUUUGGCUUAACAGGAGCUCAACCAGGACCAUUGGAAAAUCAAGUAUUUUACAACAUCUUGAACGGGAUGGUGAAUGUGACUACAAGUUUCAGCGCCACGAGUCUUAGUACCGUCUCUCCGGUUUGGGGAUCUAUUGCCUUUCCUCACAAUGGAUCAGCCUUAAUGAGUGUAUUUGUAGUUGGCCCAUCUCCUGGAACCAUCCCAAUACAGCCAGAUAUGAACUACUCCAAACCCAUGAACGGAUCUAUGUUCGCUCCGCCUGUUGCUUUCGAGUGCCUCCUGCAAUUCUGCGUUCGCAACAUGCGCGCCGAAGUCAUGAACGGGACAAUAUAUGAGACCGAGCUUUUCACGUGGACCAACCAAACCAUACCAGAAUUUGAUCCAACCUACGUAGGCAACGUGACCCUGCACCCCUAUACCAACGCCCCCGAAGGCUGGAGACUCGACACGGUAUCGGGCUACUCCUCAACCCUGAUGCAACGAUUGUACAAGGCAAUGAAUGGCUCCGCCACAGGAUUUCCAGAUAUGAUGGACAAUCUAGUCAACAGCAUAUCCCUCAAUAUGCGACAAAUAUCUUACCAACCUCCCCCGGUCCGCGGCCUAGCGUUUACAGCUACCAGCCACGCCGUGGUAACAUGGGAAUGGCUCAUACUCCCAUUCUUUGAGCUGGCUGGUAGCCUUGUCUUUCUAAUAAUAGUCAUCAUACAAAAGAGACAAGGAGGCCUGCCCGUGCCAUGGACAAACAGUACGUUGGCGUAUUUCUUCCAUGGACUUGAUGAGAGACCCGUCCGUGGUGUUGUGCACCAAAGUGAGGAGAAGAUGGCCGAAGAACUGGAGGUGAGGUUUGAGCGGGAUGACGAUGGGGGGCAUUUGGUUAUUGUCAAGUGA